UCGGGGACAUCCUCUCUUCCAUGGCCACAUGUAUGCAACGCGCUGCAUCGUGUAUAUGUAUGCAAACCGCCGGUCCAUGCAACGGACGGAUGGGUAGGAUGUAUCGACCUACUCGAUUACAGUAGAGUAAGUGGAUGCGUUGUUGAUGGAUGCUGAUGAUGAUGAGGAUCCCCACGAGCCCGCGGACAUGUGUUGCGUCCCUAUCUAUCAUAUCUGUCUCGUACCUGCUGUCCCUCCCUCCAUCGUCUCCCAGGUACAAACCUACCUAGCGAGUCAUGUAUCCGCUGUACCUGACUGCUGUCGGAGGAGCCAUCUCUUUGUCGGCGUCGGAGGACGAAUCGCUUUCGCCACCCACCGGCGGCCAAUCAGUCUCUUCCAUCUGUUAUUGAACGGAACUCUCUCUUCUCUCUUUCUCUCUCCCUCUCUCUCGCUGUCUCCAUUCUGCUCCCCCCAGCCAGACCCAACCCACCCGCUUGCGUCAUUCAGCAAGGAUCACACAUCGCACAUCACCCACACCUCCGUCUCUGUCUCUGUCGCUCUUUUUUUUUCUUUGCUUUCUUUGCUUUCUUUCCUUUCUUCUUUCCUUCCCUCCCUCGCUGGGGUGGAAGGGGGGGAUCGGAAACGCGAAUCACCCCCCAAACCCAUCCCCUACCCUUGCGCCCGAUCGUGGUGCUGGGAGCUGGGGGACCCUGCAAGAUCCGCUGAAUGAGGUUGCGCGACGGGGGGGAACGGCUAGCCGCUCCCAGCGCUAGCGCUGGCGCGACACGGCCACGACCCACGAGCACGACCACGAGCACGACCACGACCACGGCCACGGACAAGGACAAGGACACGGCCGCCACGGCCAUGAACGAUCUGGCCUGAAGGGGGGAAGGGGAGACGGACGGAGACGGGGAUGGAGACGGACGGGGAUGCUGUGUGUCGCGUGCAUGGUGUAUCCUACUAAAGUAGGG